AUGGAAUCUGGCACUUCCCCCAAGAGCAACGUAAUAAAUUGGGGAAUGCAGUUCUAGGACAGCAAGUUCAUAAUGUUCUAUUCUAGCCUCGAUUUAGUGCAAUUAAGGUUCUAAUUGUUUUUUGAAGCAUAACAUACAUGCAUUCAACUACUUCAAAGAAUGGAAGAAGAAAAAACUGUUUAUACUGUGCCUGUCACCUCUGAAUGCCUGGAUGUGGAGACCCUUAGCAAUGUCAGUGGCAAGAAAGGUGAAGGUGAUGCACAGAUGUUUUGGAGGCAAAUGGAAGAUGAAAGAGUGGACUUCAUAUUUGAGCGGGUGCAAAAUGUAUUGCUGUCUCUGAAACAAAAGAUCAAGGAUGGAACUGCAACAAAUGAAGUAGUAGCAAGCUGCACUGACUACAUCAAACAACUUCCCCCUGCGCUCUUUAGCUCAAUACAGCACUUGAGGGUCCUGGACAGAAAAGCAAAAGACUCCAACAGUAGCUCUGGGAAGGCUCGUCGUACAUGCCCCUUCCAUGAUGGAGGCAGCAGGGACUGUAGAGGAUGUCUGGAAGACCCAGAGGACAAGGAGUAUGUGAUUCUCCACCACUACCUAGAGGAGCUGGUUAAGGAACGCCUCUCCCCUGGUGAAACUGAGGAGGACCCCAAGCUGUGGCAAGAACCAGAACUGAAGGCUGAAUGCUUCCAAGCUUUGAUACUGGUGGAUAAAGCUGAUGGAAGGGAUCUCUUAGCAUUGACAAAUGUAAACAAUGUGACUACUGAAGAUGGGAUGGAGAGAAGCAAACCUAGGUUACAGCCUUCUGUAUCAAAUGAAAAUACAACAGGUUCUCCUUUAAUGGAGGCGAAAGAAAAAUCACACUCAGGGAAUGAAGACGUAUGUAGUGAAACAAGGGAGUUACCUUUAAAGCUAUGUUACCAGAAUCAUGACUGCUCUAAUGUAUGUCUUGCCAACAGACCACUGAACUCAUACAAGGGGGAAAACCCUCUUAAAAUACCAAUCCUGUGUCAUUUCCAGAGACGACAUGCAAAAGCAGACUCGCUUUCAAAGUCACUUGAUGUGAAUUAUAAGGCCCCCUGUGGGAGGAGUCUGAGAAACUUUCAAGAUGUGCAGAGUUACCUGUCUGAAACAGAGUGCAACUUCUUAUUUGUCGAUCACUUUUCUUUCAACACAUACGUACAGCUGGGCAGAAACACUCUGAACCGAGAAGCACUUGUAUUUGAUUUUGAUAUCAGCAAUGGAGCUGAGUCUGUGCCCAUUUCCUUCUGUAAUGAAGUUGACAGCGCAAGAUUACCUUAUUUUAAAUACAGGAAGGCCUCGUGGCCACGUGGGUACUAUCUGAACAACUUCUCCAGCAUGUUUCUUGACUCAUGUGACUGUACAGAUGGCUGCACAGAUAGGUCAAAAUGUGCAUGCCUACAGCUGACUGCAAAAGGCUGCAGUGAAAAUUCUGCCUCACCAAGUAACAGAGCAUCUUGUGGUUACAGGUAUAAAAGACUGGAUGGACCUGUCCCCAGUGGAAUUUACGAAUGCAACUUAUUGUGCAAGUGUGACAGAAUGAGGUGUCAGAACAGAGUAGCACAGCAUGGCAUCCAAGUUCGGUUGCAGGUGUUCAACACAGACCGGAAGGGCUGGGGCGUCCGCUGUCUAGAUGAUAUUGACAAAGGAACAUUUGUUUGCACUUAUUCAGGCAGGUUAAUGAGCAGAGCUGAGCCUCAGGAAACCAGAGAUGUCAAUUAUGAGGCUGAAAAGAAGGAUGCUGUGAAUGACUCAAGCCUCAGCUCACUUUCAGUAAAGAGAAAACUGGACACUGCUUGUUCAGAUUCUGAGAUCGAACUUGUCCAGACUGGUAAAGACAGCAUUAACAGGAGGUGUGAAACUUUAUCUCAGCCUGCGGAGGAUGAAUAUAAACCAGUUGUUCGUGAGAUGAAAGGUGGUGGAAAGCUACAGGAAGGAGGAUGGCUGGUCCCAAACUGCAGGAGCUGUAGGAGAGAAGGCUUUUGCAGUAACAUGGUCAAGACUAUGUGGAGAGUCAGAGACGGGAGUAGAGAGAGAAGGUCUGUGAGGGUUCAGAACUAUGGCUAUAAUCCAAGGAAUCUGAGAAGCCCAGCCAUUAGGCCUAAAACCAGAACUUCUAUUCUUCAGACUCGCCGGCUAAAACUGGGAAUUGCUACACUGGUGCAUGAUGCCAGCUCAGAUGAAGAUGAUAGUUGUCAGCCCCAGCAGUCAACCAAAACGAAACUAACCACUGGAACCAAGAAAGGAAAGGAAAAACCCAACCUGCAGCAAAAGGUAGGAGAACAUGAGGAGGCCAUGCAGUCUGAGUCAAGCACCACAGAUACUGCAAAAUCUAAAGAAAAAAGGCCAUCUCCAGACGAUGCUAGAGGUGGUAAAUCAGCCAGGCUAGAGGAUGCACAUGUAAUGAAACAGUCCAUGGGCCUACUCCAAAGAGAUGACUUCAAAGAGGAAAAAAAUCGGAGGUCCAAACAAGAUCCUCCUUGUAAUGAGGAGACAGGUGGUGAUGAGACACCUCUGAAGAAUUCUAAUAAAGACAAUAUUUAUUUAUUGGAUGCCACAAAAGAAGGAAAUGUAGGCCGAUUUCUUAAUCAUAGCUGUUGGCCAAAUCUCUUUGUACAGAGUGUCUUUGUAGAGACGCACAACAGAAAUUUCCCUUGGGUGGCAUUCUUCACAAACAGGCAUGUGAAAGCUGGAACCGAACUCACGUGGGAUUAUGGUUAUGAAGCUGGAAGCAUGCCAGAGACCGAGAUCUCCUGUCAGUGUGGGGUUCAGAAGUGUAGGAAAAAAAUUCUCUCUCCAGGUGACUUCCAGAUAAUGGAGAAGAUGGUGAAAAGGAAGUGUGCAUUUUGUCCAGCAGAUGAAGGGAGUGCUAUAAUGUACAUUGCAGAAAAGCAAAAUCUUGCAGUUCAUCAAGAUUGUUUGUUAUAUUCCUCAGGAUUUGUAGAAUCUGAAGAGCAUAACCCAGAGAAUCAGGAUACAAGGUUUGAUGUGGCCUCAGUUCAGAGUGAAAUCAGGAGAGGAAAGCGGCUGAUGUGCAACUUCUGUCGCAAGAAAGGAGCCACUGUGGGAUGUGAGAUAAAAACCUGCCGGAGGAGUUAUCACUACUUUUGUGCACUGUGUGAUGAUGCAGCAUUAGAAACUGACAUAGGGCAAGGAAUUUACCGAGUGUUCUGUCCAAAACAUGACCCAGGCAAAAGGACCAAUCAUUAUGAUGCAGACAAUAAGAGGAACAGGCAUGGAAUGAAAUCUUCCACCUUCACGGAAAAAAGGAGUACAGAAGAGACAGCAGCAGAAAAUAGUUUACGACUUUUAAGGAAAAAACAUAACAAACACAAAGCAAGAAUAGACUUUCUUAGGAAGUGCAAGCAGGCUGGACUUCUGGAUGGCAUAUUUAAAGAAAUGCUAGACACACUUCACCUUGCAAAGGAAAAACUGAUGGAUGACAACACUUCAGAAACAGAAUACGAGGAAACAGUAAUAUCACUUUUUGACUGUAGCCUGUUUGAAAAUAUACUUACAAAUGUUCAUUCAGGAACAGAGGAAAAACUUCAGGAGCUUCUGGAAACUCGGAAAAGACUGGAUACUCAGAUUGAGCUACUGCAAGAUUUAAAAGAAGUAAUUCCUUUCCAGGAAAAUAUAGCUAGUGCAUCUAGUUCAGUGUCUGAAUAACCAAUACUUCUCUUGAUAUCAACUUCCAUAUUAAAGAUUUUCUACUGACAGAAACUGCAUCUGGUCAGUGUAUUAAAGUGACUUUCAGAGAUAGGGGUGAACAGAAAAACAAUUGGGUGUUUUACUCAUAUUUUAUACCUCACUUUUGCAAUAACUAUUUGUCCUUUUCCUUUUUAAUUUUUACUGUGGCUCAAGGAGUGAUAAACACUUAAAUUUAAAUACUGUCUGUACAAGCUUUUUUUAAAUACUCCACAAGCCACUUUUUAAAAUCACUUCAGUUGCAGCAGCCCCCUAUCAUGUGUUGUGUCUGUGAUUCAAUGUCUGCUUAUCAUAGCAGACAAAAUCAUUAUUAAAAAUUGUUAAGGCUUUCCAAAGAGGAAUUUAACAAGACUUGCACUUGAAGCAGAAGGGUUUUUUUAUGACAUUUUCUCAAUUUAUGGUGUGUUAAUGUUUAAGUAGUUCUGUUUUAACUGCAAUGGUGAGAGGUGGUGUCCAUUAGUUGCUUGCAAACACCUGAGGCUGGCUGGUGAUCAUCCUCUGAAAAAUCAUUCUAUGUAAAAUAGUUAGGGAAUCAAAUACUGCAGUAAGAACAUUUAUGGCUUCCAUGUGUUAUUUUGUCAUAUUAUAUUAAAAUUGUUUGAAUACAGAAAAGCAGUACAUUUAGUUACAAAAUUGCAAGUUAACGAAAAACUUGACAAUAAAAUGUUUUUGUAAA